AUGUCGGAUUUAUCGUACCUGCAGACUCGGUUCGAUGCGAUUGGGUCAGAGGGACCAGAUGCCAUCGCAUCUGAUGGGGCAAGGCUGGCACAGGAGAAGGAGAAGGAGCAAGAGCAGGAGCAAUAUGGCGGCAUUUUUAUGUCCAUGUCGCCACCCAUGACGCCCGAGAGCCACGCGACUGGAUCUUGGGAACCGUCAAGCGGUGAAAACAGCGAGAUGGAAAGGCCGCAUCUCGCUGCGGACGAGGAGAGUUUGAAGGCCGGGGGAACACCGAGGACACCGGGGACACUUUGCUUCGAUGGUCUUAUUGGUGGAAAUGGCGGCGAUGCUGUCGGUCUAUCCAUCUCUCCAGUGGCGCGGAACGCCAUUGUUGGUAUGAUCCUCGACAAUACAUCCCGUGCCAAUGCUGGUCCUGUACUGGCUGCUUUCCCUUCGGUAGGGGCGCUUGAUGCGCUUCUGGGGAUCAGCAGCAUCAUCAUGCACUUCUUCGAUGGCAGCGGCGAGGUAUAG